AUACGGUCGAAUGAGUUUAGAAGGAUUAGGGUUUUAAAGUCGAUUUUUAGGGUUUCAUAUACUUCAUACGCUCUUUCUUUUGUUGUUAUUGGUGGUCGAAGGAGCAAGCUUAGCCGAGUGAUUGCAGCUGAACAAAGUAAGUCCGUCUCCAAGCCUGCUUUUUCUAUAGAUUCAUUUGCUCAAUAGGAGAUGGCCAAGUCAAAGAAUCACACAGCCCACAAUCAGUCAUACAAGGCUCACAAGAAUGGCAUUAAGAAACCAAAGAAGCAAAGAUAUACUUCAAGAAAAGGGAUGGACCCCAAAUUUUUAAGGAAUCAGAGGUAUGCUAGGAAGCAUAACAAGCCCAAUGGAGCUGGCGCUGGCUCAGGUUCUGAAGAAGAGCAGUAGAUUAAGUUCUUCAAACAAAUGUGUCUGAAAAUUAUUUUGACUGAAACAUGUUUCAUCUCAGCAUAGGUUCAAACUAUUUUACAUAUUCCAUUAAGUAGUUUUAUUUUCAAUUUGGAGUAUAUGACAAACUUCAAUUGUGGGGCUGCUAUUAUACAACUUCAAUUGUGACGAAGUUUGAUGUUCAAUGGCACUUAUUUAAUUUGCAUGCUAUCUAGCUGGUUGUCUUUUCA